GGCACGCCUGGCGCAGAGCCUGGUCCCGAAGCGACGCGCGCUAUCGCGCUCAGGCGGCGAAUGACGUGGCGGGGGCGGGGCCUGAGCGGUCACGGCGGCGGAGCUGGCUGCGCGACGGAGCAUCCUGGCGGCGCCUGGCUACGGAGAGAGAUUAAAUGGGCAGGAGAGACAAGUGGAAUGAUUUAGUCCUGUCUGCGGAGACUUCAGUUUCUUCUAAGAAGCUUUUCCAUUUAUGAUGAGGGAGCUUGUCAUAAUGUGAUUUUCACUUAUUUCUUGACAGGCUACAGUGAACACAGGUGUGCAAGAACCAUUUACCAUGGAAACCAGGGAGCUUGGGAGCCCCACCCCCACCUACCAUCUCCUUCCAGAAGCCAGCCAGCCCAUGGUGGAAGAAGAUGCCAGCCCGUCACCUAAAGAGCCUCUGGAGACCAUGCAGCUGAAGAAAGAGAUCUCCCUACUGAAUGGGAUCAGCUUGGUAGUGGGCAACAUGAUUGGCUCAGGGAUUUUUGUCUCACCUAAGGGUGUGCUGAAGUACACUGCCUCCUAUGGGUUGUCACUGACCGUGUGGGCAAUUGGUGGGCUCUUCUCUGUCGUGGGUGCCCUUUGCUAUGCAGAGCUGGGGACCACCAUUACCAAGUCAGGGGCCAGCUAUGCAUAUAUUCUAGAGGCCUUUGGGGGCUUCAUUGCCUUCAUCCGCCUGUGGGCCUCAUUGCUGAUUGUUGAACCUACUGGUCAGGCCAUCAUUGCCAUCACCUUUGCCAACUACAUCAUCCAGCCCUCUUUCCCCUCCUGCGAUCCUCCGUACCUGGCCUGCCGUCUCCUCGCUGCUGCUUGCAUAUGUCUGCUGACAUUUGUGAACUGUGCCUAUGUCAAGUGGGGAACACUUGUGCAGGACAUCUUCACUUAUGCCAAGGUCCUAGCGCUCAUUUCCAUCAUUAUCAUGGGCCUUGUUAAACUGUGCCAGGGACACUCUGAGCACUUUCAGGACGCCUUUGAGAAUUCCUCCUGGGAUGUGGGAGCCCUCUCUCUUGCUCUCUACUCUGCCCUCUUCUCUUAUUCAGGUUGGGACACCCUUAAUUUUGUGACAGAAGAAAUCAAAAACCCAGAAAGAAAUUUGCCCUUGGCCAUUGGGAUUUCUAUGCCAAUUGUGACACUCAUCUACAUCUUGACCAAUGUGGCCUAUUACACGGUGCUGAGCAUUUCGGACAUCCUCGGUAGUGAUGCUGUGGCUGUGACAUUUGCUGACCAGACAUUUGGCAUAUUCAGCUGGACCAUCCCCAUUGCCGUUGCCCUGUCCUGUUUUGGGGGCCUCAACGCCUCUAUCUUUGCUUCAUCAAGGUUGUUCUUUGUGGGCUCCCGUGAGGGCCACCUCCCAGACCUUCUAUCCAUGAUCCAUACUGAGCGUUUUACUCCUGUCCCUGCUUUACUGUUCAACUGUGCCAUGGCGCUCAUCUACCUCAUCGUGGAGAAUGUCUUCCUGCUUAUCAACUACUUCAGCUUCAGCUACUGGUUCUUUGUGGGCCUCUCUGUUUUCGGACAACUCUACCUUCGCUGGAAGGAGCCUGAGCGGCCCCGGCCUCUCAAGCUGAGCCUGUUUUUCCCCAUCGUGUUCUGCAUAUGCUCCGUGUUUCUGGUGAUUGUUCCUCUCUUCAGUGACACCAUCAAUUCCCUCAUUGGCAUCGGGAUCGCCCUUUCCGGGAUCCCUGUCUACUUCAUGGGUGUUUACCUACCAGAGACCCGCAGGCCACUUUUUAUACGGAAAACCCUUGCUGCUAUCACCAGAGUCAUCCAGAAGCUGUGCUUUUGUGCCCUGACCGAGCUAGAUGUAGCUGAAGAUAAAAAGCUUGAGAGUAAAACUGACUAGAAGCCU